ACCACUUCACAAGUCUUCUCCGGCGAAAUGGGAUUGUUCGGGGCUGCCGGAGUCGUUUACAAGCCGGUUGAAUCCAUUGAUCUUGGUCCUGCAAGCAAUGAGUUUUAUCUCAAAGCCAAUGUUAAAGCUCCUCGCAUGGCUGGAUUUCUGGUUAAGAUAUUUGCUUGGUUCCUGGAGUCAAGGAUCAUUGGGACGUUGUUGUUAUACAUAUUGAAAAGGAACAACCUCAUUCACAAGCUUGUUUCAAAUGCGACGCUCGAGGAGUCACCGAUGUUUGUUCCUUUGCAUCCUUUUGUUGACCUUAAUGAACAACAAGUCGAACACAUAGACUCUGAUGCAUCUCCAUCAGAACGGGUUCAAUGGGCAAUAAAUUGCCUUCCUUUAACCUCAAAUAAGUCACCGGAUGAUUUAAAAUCCAGCAGCUUUCGACGCUGGACAAUAACGGAUUAUUCAAGAGCCUACAGCUCUGCAGAAAUAACUCCACUGAGGGUUGCGGAGCAGUUUAUAAACGCCUUGCGCGAAUCUUCCACUAGUGCUUUGCCAAUGUCCUUUUUCAUUAACUAUGACGCUGAAGAUAUCCUAAGGCAAGCUACAGAGUCAACUCUUCGGUACAAAAGAGGGGAUCAGAAAUCGGCUCUAGAUGGAGUCCCAAUAGCUAUCAAGGAUGAAAUAGAUUGUUCUCCUUAUCCAACAACAGGAGGUACAAAGUGGCUGCACAAGGUGAGACAUUGCACCGGCGACGCAUGCUGUGUUAUGCGCCUCAGAUCCUGUGGUGCUAUAAUUGUCGGAAAGACUAAUAUGCAUGAGCUUGGAGCUGGGACCAGUGGGAUAAAUCCCACUAUGGGACUACUAGAAAUCCGUAUGAUCCCAACAAAAUCGCCGGCGGUUCCUCUAGUGGAUCUGCUGCCGUCGUAUCCGCAGGAUUAUGCCCUGUUGCCCUUGGUGUUGAUGGGGGAGGUAAAUUUGUCUUAUUUCAAAGAAAAAAGAAACACCAAAUAUGUAACCCCUAGACCCGGCCUUGAAUUUAUGCCUAAAUCUAGGCGAAUGAGCUUAAAAGUCCAGUGUGCUACUUACGAUGUAUAA